AGUAAUGAAAAGGAGGGAAAGAGAAAAAAAAAAGUGAAAAAAGCAUCUCACCAAUUGCCAUUUGGAAAGGAGGAGAUAAAUAUUAAAAAAAGAAAAAAAAAGCACUGGAUUAUAAUCACUUUUGUUGCUGUAAACACUGCUACUUGGGCUGGGAUGGUCAGAGGAACAGAUAUUGUUCAAGAUUCCUAACCCAGACUCAAGCAGUUGUGAGGUGAAAUGUGCCUUGAAGACUAAGGAGUAGGCUUGGGUAUAUCUGCCUUAUUUGCAAUGCCAGCUGCUGCUUUUGGUGGUGAAUUUUGCUCGAGGAAUGUUUAGGUGUUUUUCUAUCGAUGGUGGAUUACUCCUGUACUCCUGAAGAAGUACAACAGCAUUUCCAGACAUGUGGUACAGUGAACAGAGUCACUAUUCGGACUGACAAGUAUGGCCAACCAAAGGGUUAUGCUUAUGUGGAGUUCCUCGAAGUAGAGGCUGUUGAAUUGGCUCUCCAGCUGAAUGAAUCUCAACUACGUGGACGUCAAUUAAAGGUGACUGCUAAACGGACCAAUGUACCUGGGAUGAAACUAUAUCGUGCUCGUCGACCGAACCCCAAUAUGCGAUCCAGAAGCCCCUUUAUACCUGCGCCCUUUGUAUUCUCCCCUUAUGGAUAUGGGAAGGUUCCAAGAUUCAGAAUGCCAAUGCGUUACAGUCCAUACUUCUGAACAUUCACCUUUGUUUGAGACAUAUUCUUCCAUAUGUCAUCUCAUGGAUAAUGUUGGAUAGAUGUAAGAGAGAGAUUUGUGCUACUUAGGCUGAUGUGGUUAAUUGUUUGAGAUUUGAGGAUUUUGUUCAGUUCAUUGAAAACAGUACAGAUUUAAUGUUUGCACCUGCUAUGCUUCCUAUGUUAUAUAUAUUACUGUUUGGAAUUUGCCAGGGAAGCUUCCAUUGCAGGUUUUGCUACCGGUAGCUUGUUUGGUUUGGCUAGCUAUUUCUUGCUGCUUAUAUCCCAUUACAUGAAAUUAAGGAUGUGAUAUGACCUGGUUUUGGAACUCACAGAAUAUGGUGAGUUUGCAUAGAGUUUAAGAGAAAUUGGAGGAAGGGUAUAAAAAAUUAGUUGCUGCUAUUGUUGUCCUGCCUAGUAAAUUGAUUAUUUAUGCAGAAACUGGAAGCGUAGGUUUGUAAUUUUCCUUGCAUUUGAAUGUUGGGAGACGUUAUGUAUAACAACCAGUGUAUAUCU